GACUGCAAGGUGUACUAUUAAUUGACCCAGAAUAUAUAGAAGACCGUAAAGUAUAUGGACAAAUCACAUUAACAUUUCGGUAUGGUCGAGAAGAUGAAGAAGUUAUGGGAUUAAAGUUUUGUAAUGAGGCAAUAAUGUGCCUUGCUCAACUUUAUCCACCAAGUGUGCUUGGACCAUGCCAAGAAAUGAAUACCCCUUUACAGGAAGCUUUGAUAAAACGCUUGGGGCCAAACGCAUAUCCAUUUACAAUGGAAAUAACACCAUUAGCUCCACCAUCUGUACAACUUGUUCCAGCUAAAGAAUAUCGAGGUGCUCCAAUAGGUACAAGCUAUGACGUCAGAGCUUAUGUUGCUGAACGAGCUGAUGAAAAAUUACAGAAACGCUCAACAGUACGAAUGGGCUUACGUGUGUUGCAACAUGCCGCAAUACCACCACACAGAACAAUUGUGAAGACUUUCAUGAUGUCAGAAGGUCAAAUUGAACUAGAAGGAUCAUUAGACAAGUCAAUUUAUUCACAUGGCGAAUCAGUGUUUGUCAACAUUCAAGUAAAUAAUCGUAGCCAUAAAACUGUUCGACGAAUUAAGGCAUUUAUAGUUCAACAUGUCGAUGUGUGUAUGUUUUCUAAUGGUAAAUUCAAGAAUGUGGUAGCAAAUAUUGAUUCGAAAGAAGGUUGUCCCAUUCAACCCAACACUACAUAUACCAAAACAUAUGCAUUGAAACCUGUACGUAGUUCGACAAAAAAUUGGAUCGCAUUGGAAGAUAGUUAUAGUAAAUUGGGCACAAGCUUAGCAUCCACAGUAACACCUACAUCAUCAGAUGGAACGCCUAGUGAACGCAACGUGUUUGCAAUUUACGUAUCAUAUUAUGUGAAAAUAAAAUUAAUCAUAAGUGUUGUAACCGUAACGGAGGUGUCCUUAAAAUUACCUUUUACUUUAAUGCAUACGUGCACUGAUUCAAUUGGAAUGGAAUAUGAUGUUCAACAGACCAUCUCCGCGAAUAUGUUACCAUCGUUAAAUUUUGAAAAAGAGAAUAUUCUCACAGAAAAAGCUGCUGAUGACACAUGAGAUCCGGUACCGGGUACAACUUCAACCGUUGAUGAUGAUCAAAAAUGUUGUUCGUCUGAAGAUGAUGACCAUCAUAAUAUUAAUAAAA